AUGCCUCGUCCGCAUCCUCGCAGCACACUCGCCGUUGCGCGCCGAUUCGUCGCAGCUGUCGCGGAUGCGCGCAGCGACAUCACCCCGGGCAGCGCGCGGUCGCCCGCGCUUAUUGAGCUCUCUGCGCCCCCGCCUCCCGCCCCCUUGGCUGCUACUCCCGCGCAUUCCUUUCGCAUCAGCGCGUUCCCCGCGCUCAGGGGCGCAGCAGAGGGGGAUUCUUCUCGCCGCGCCCUCCCAACACAUGCUGGCGCAGUGCUUUCCGCCGCUGUGGCGGCUAUUUCCGCCGCGGUAGUGGCGGGGGAGGGAUCAGCGGCGCACACGGAGUGCGAGGGCGCGGAGAGGGUAAAGGGCGGAAGCGCGGGCGAGGAAGAGCAGGAGAAUGGUGGAGGAGCAGAGGGCGCGGAGGAAGCGGGAAAGGGGGCGGUAAAUGGGGAGGGCGUGGCAGAGCACGCGGCGGCAGUGAGCGCGCUGAGCGCGGAGGUGCGCGCGGGGCUGGUGGCGGCGGUGGGCGAGGAGGGCGUGGAGGAGGGCGAGUCGGAGAGGCAGAGCCACGCCAAGCCGUGGAACAGCUACCACCAAGUCGCUGCCCUGCCCGCCGCUGUUGUCUACCCCAGGAGCACGGAGCAGGUGGCAGCGGUGGUGAGGGUGUGUGCGCAGCAUGGCGUGGCGGUGGUGGCGUAUGGGGGAGGCACGUCGCUGGAGGGGCACACCACCACGCCCAUGGGGGGAGUCAGCAUCAACAUGACUCGCAUGAACCAAGUGCUAGCAGUGCACGAGGGCGACAUGGACGCGGUGGUGCAGCCGGGCAUCACGUGGGGCGACCUCAACGCGCGCCUGGCCCCGCUGGGGCUCUUCUUCCCCCUCGACCCUGGCCCCGGCGCCACGCUGGGCGGCAUGGCUGCCACGCGCUGCAGUGGGUCGCUGGCCGUGCGCUACAGCACCAUGCGGGACAAUGUCAUCGCACUGCAGGCAGUGCUGGCGAACGGCGAGGUGGUGCGAACGGCAGCGAGGGCGCGCAAGAGUGCAGCGGGGUACGACCUGACACGGCUGCUGGUGGGGUCUGAGGGCACGCUGGCCAUCAUUACGGAGCUCACCGUGCGCCUGCACCGCAUCCCACCGCUCUCCGCCGUCGCCAUGUGCCCCUUCCCCUCCAUCCGUGCUGCUGCUGACGCUGCCAUCGCUACUGUUCACAGUGGCGUGCAGGCAUCGCGGUUGGAGAUGUUGGACGAGGUGAUGGUGGGGGCGUUCAACAGCGCCAACGGGUACUCGUACCCGCACCGCCCCACGCUCAUGCUCGAGGUCACGGCCGACACCCCGCAGCACCUGCAGCAGCAGCUGGCGGCAGUGCGGGCGGUGGCGCAGCGGCACGGGGCGGAGGAGAUGCGGUUUGCGGAGGGCGAGGAGGAGAAGCGCGAGCUGUGGCGCGCACGCAAGGAGGCGCUGUGGGCCGCCUACUCCCUGCGCCCCGGCACUGAGCCUCUUAUCACCGACGUGUGUGUGCCGCUGUCACGCCUGGCAGAGUGCAUGGACGCCACAAAGGCCGACGUGCAGCGCUCCUCGCUGCCGUGCCCCAUGCUGGCGCAUGCAGGCGACGGCAACUUCCACGUGUGCAUCUUCUUCGACCCUACCAGUCCCGAGGAGACUGCCGAGGCCAAGGCGCUGUCCGCUGCCAUCACUCUCAGGGCACUCGCCAUGGAUGGCACGUGCACGGGGGAGCACGGGGUGGGCGUGGGCAAGACACAGUACCUGGAGAAAGAAGUGGGGGCGGGGGCAGUGGCGGCGAUGCAGGCAGUGAAGGAUGCUCUGGACCCACAGGGCAUACUCAACCCGGGCAAGGUGCUGCCACCCCGCCCGCCCUGCCUCUCCUGA